AUGAAGAAAGUCACCGCCAAAAGUAUCCCCCCCGCCUUCACCGCCAUCAAAUCUUUCCUCCGCCAAAACCUCUUUCCGCAGGCCCUGAAAGCCUCCUUCUCACUCCCCACUCCAAAUCUCACCAUCACGGACGCCCUUUAUUCUCUCUUCAUCAAAUCAGGUUUCACUCUCCACCCCUUUCUCUCCGCUUCUCUCAUCUCCCAUUCCUCUAUCACACUCCCCACUGCCACUUCAUUCUUCCCGCGCGCCAUCAACCUCCUCAAUGACACCGUCUUCCCUGACGUCGUAGUUUACAACUCUAUCCUUUCUGGGUUGGCCCGUUUCAGCCAACCCGACCCUGUAUUUCUGGUCUUUAACCAGUUGAGGCAACAGGGUCUCAAGCCUGAUGCUUAUAGUUUAAGUUCUUUAAUAAAGGCUUGUGUUGAAAUUAACCACAAUGGGAUGGCUCAUGCUGUUUCAGUUAAACUGGGGUUUGCUAAAAAUGCGUUCUUGAUAAGUGGGCUGAUUGAAAAUUAUUCGAAAAAUGGGCUUUUGACUGGUGCUGAAGUGUGUUUUCAGGAUAAUAGGUGUUUGGAUUCUGUGGUCUGGACUUCUAUGAUUAAUGGUUAUGUCUGGAACAAUGAGUUUGAUAAGGCUAAGGAUGUUUUUAAGGAAAUGAGAGGAUUGGGUUUGGAAACGAAUGAGUUUACUCUGACUACCAUGCUUGGUGGAGUUUUGGAGGUGAAAGAAGGGGAGCAAAUACAUGGGUUUAGUCAAAAGAUUGGAUUCUUAAAUGGGAUCUCAAUCUGUUUGAGCAAUGCAAUUAUGAGUAUGUAUGGUAGGUUUGGGUGGACGGUUGAUGCAAUUAAAGUGUUUGAAGAAAUUCCGGAACGAGAUGCUGUGUCUUGGACACAGAGGAUUAGGAUAGCUUAUAAUGGACUGGAAGCUUUUGAGGUGUUCCGGUUUUGCAUUUCUGGAAACUUAGAAGUGAAUGAAUAUACAGUAGUUAAUGUUCUAUCAAGAAUUGAAGGAUUAAAAAUGCAAAAGUUAGGAAAGCAGGUUCAUGCAUUCUGUCACAAGGAUAAUUAUCAGUCUGUGGUCUCUGUGUGCAAUGCCUUGAUUUCCAUGUAUGGGAAGGUUGGCGAAGUGUUAAAAGCUGAAUGUGUUUUUAACGAGAUGAUUGCUAAAGAUUCUGUUUCUUGGAAUGCUUUGAUUACUGCUUAUGCAGAUAAUGGAGUCACCGGUAAAGUUAUUUCUUUGUUCUCUCAGAUGCGUAAACUUGCCUUGGGCCCUAGCGAAUAUACUAUUGCAAGCAUUCUUGACGUUCUCUCUGGUUCAAACUCCUUGGGAUUGGCAAUGCAGAUCCAUUCAUUUCUGAUCAAAUGGGGAUCUAUGUCAGAUGAUUCCAUGCUGUCUUGUCUCUUGAAUUCUUAUGGAAAAUGCAAUGGAAUCUAUCAUUCUAGGAGGGUAUUUGACGACAUUGAUGUAGUGGAUGUGAAACUUUUGAAUGCUAUGUUAAGUGCAUUGGGUCAUGCUGGUAACUACAGCGAGAUUCUAGAAUUAUUUCAAACAAGAUGGAGCUCAUCCCCUGAAGUUGAUAAUGUGACUUUUAGUUUAGUUCUCAAAGCUUGUGGACUUCUGACGGAAAUGGAACAAGGCAGGGCUAUUCAUUCUUUGGCACUUAAGUCGGGUGCUGAUGUGGAUUACUAUGUGGAAAGUGCUAUCGUAGACGUUUAUUGCAAGUGUGGAAGCUUAGAUGAUGCCGAGCAUGCUUUCAGGUGUACAAGCAAAGAUAAUUUGGCUGCUUGGAAUGCCAUGAUGAUGGGUUAUGCACAUUGUGGUUUCUACGACAAAGUUCUUGAUAUCUUCAGUGGCAUGGUGGAAUCUGGAAAUCAGCCUGAUGAGAUUAGUUAUCUUGCAAUUCUGAGUUCAUGUUGCCAUGCAGGUUUAGUUAACGAGGCUCACUAUUACUUGAAUACCAUGUUCAAAAUUGAUAAAAUAAUCCCAAAGUUAGAACACUAUGCCUGUGUUGUCAACCUGCUUGGUCAUGUUGGACUUCUGGAAGAAGCAUUGAAUAUCAUUGAUGAAAUGCCCAUUCUCCCUGAUGCUCAUAUAUGGCAGAUUCUUUUAUCAGCUUGUACUAUAAACAAUAAUAUAGAUCUAGGAAAAGUUGCAGCCAAAAAGCUCCUCGAACUCCAGCCUGAGAAUGAUUCUGCAUUCAUUCUUCUCGCAAAUCUCUAUGCUUCAGCUGAGAUAUGGAAUGAAGCUGUAGAUUUGAGGAAGGAAAUGGAAGAAAAAGUGGUUACUAAGGAGACUGGUUACAGUUGGAUUCAAGUUAGAUGAUUCACUAACAAUUGAUGAAAUCCCAUCCUAUCAUGAAACCAGUGUGAAACUGCAAUACUUACAAGGCAGAUGCUAGGAGGGGAGAAUGAAACUUUAACUUUUGCAGGAUUUGGAUAUUUUCUCAUACUAUUAGUGGCAGUGGUUCCUUGAUGAUGCUCUGAAGAAGAAUAGUGGUGAUGGAAUGAGGCCCUUGACAGCACCGUAGCAAUAGAAUGAAAAGCAUUGGCUGCAAUUCUUGAUUUUAUCUGCCCCCUCCUAGGUAAGGGCCUUGCCCUCCUCAAACUUUCCAUUGUCACUGCAGAGACUGCACCGAAUCUGUGAUUCAUGAUUGAAGAUUCAAUGAGAUCACUCUUAGGUGUGGAUUGGCAGAUACGUGAUCCUUGUUUCAGCUGUUGAGAAAAUUAGCUGAUCUAUACAGCUGGUCUUGUUUUCUCAAGCCA